GAGCGUAUAGUCUACAAUUUACUACAGAUUGAGAAUCACAACAAGGUGUUAUGUAAAAGGCACCAGACGAAACAAAGGACGUGAAUGAGGGAAGGAAUCCCUGGAGGUAAACAAUGUCAGAGAAAAUGGAGGAAGCCACUGCGAGGAAGCCCUCAGCAAACAAGAAUAUUACAAAGAUGCGUGCCAUAAGCAUGGUGUGCAGCCUGACUCGGAGCUGGCAGCAGUGGGUGAGUGAAAAUGAAGAGAAGCAGUCCAAUGAACCCAGUGGGUGGUCCCCUGGUUACCCUGAAGUCCCUAAAAAUGCAAAAAAGGAGGCAGCCAAAAACAGACUUUCUCAGAGGUUUCGCCCCAACCAGGAGGAUGUGGAGGCCCCUGGCCAGUCACACAUCAGAACCACCCAAGUGGUAAAAAUGGUGACAAGGGAUGUCCAGGAGAGAAGUGCAGGCAUUGAGUUUUUGACCAAUCGUAUCUGUAAUGACCCAUCCACAGAUGAUCUAGACAAGAUGCUGAGUAAAAAAGGGACACCCACACGCCGCAGGAAGUGCUCCAACAUGGUUUCGGAGCUGACACGAGGAUGGAAGGAAAUGGAAAAGGAGAAAAAGCAGGCUAAGGAGGGUAGUAAGGAUAAUGAGUUUCCUGAAGCUGAAGAGAGAGUCCUGAAGCUACAAACCAACCAGGAGGAUACUACAAAUGAUAAAACAAAUGAAAAUACAGAACAAUCUGCAGUAAGGAUCAAAAGAUCCUCUGUGCUUGGGAGCAAGAAGAAUGUAGAAGAUGCCAACAAAAUAAAUGCCUUGUCCAAAAAGUACAGCGCUGUGGGCAACCUAAAAAAUUGCUGGCAAAACUGGGCAUCCAAGCAUUCCAUUAAUCAGAAGCUGAACCCCUUCAGCGAAGACUUUGAUUAUGAGUACUCCAUGUCAACACGGCUGCAGAAGGGUGAGGAGGGCUAUGGGCGGCCCAAAGAGGGCAGUAAGACAGCAGAGAGGGCUAAACGUGCAGAAGCGCACAUCCACCAUGAGAUCGACGACAUGUGCUACAUCAUAAGGACUAUGGCAGACCCGGAUCCGGAUAGUUACACUCGAGUGACCUUUGGCGAGCUGUUUGACAGAUAUGUGCGAAUCUCUGAUAAAGUGGUGGGCAUCCUAAUGAGGGCCAGGAAGCAUAGAAAGGUGGACUUUGAAGGGGAAAUGCUGUGGCAGGGCCAGGAUGAUGGUGUCAUUAUCACUCUGUUAGUAUGACAUAAGACGUGAAGUCAUCAACUCUGGACUCAAAAUUAAAGAUUUUGCUGCUAUAGAUGACAUGUAGAAAAGAAAACAAUUGUUGCCGUAGUUCUGUGUGUUUAUUUGUAUUGUCAUAUAAAAUAUGAAUUAAAGCUGAAGUGUGUAAUGGCUACUAACAUCAUAAAGCUGACAUGCAAAAUUUGAUUGCUUUCAAACAAGUUUACCAAAAACUCACAGAUGGUACAGAUUCAUAGUCACGCCAUUGGUUAAGCCAAAAUUACUGUGUCAAGAUGCUCAAACAAACAGAGCAAUGUCAGAUAGUGUCACAGAGCAACAGUGUAUAUACUCUUGUGGAGCGGAGGGGGGUGGGGCCGGGCUAGAAUGUUGCAUGCCCGGUCCCCAAUCGGCCUGAUGGGGCACAUGAGGUAUAAAGGCGGCCGGUGAUGACGGUUCGAGAGAGAAAGAAUUACGGGCAUGUCCGUCAUGUGUGUGUGUGUGUGAGUGUUUAUGUUCGUGUGUUUUGGUUUUGAGUUUAAUUAAAUGUGAUUUAUGUUGACAAGCCGGUUCUCGCCUCCUCCUUGCCCAUCGUAACCCCCUUACAACUCUUCUCUGUGAAUUCAACAUACAAUGACUUAUUCAUAGUUGUCUCUGCAUAUUAAGCUGGGAUAGGAGAACGUAUUUUAACAUAAUAGAAGAAAACACACUUCACCUUUAAGGUUUGUUUAAUUACAGACCGAGCUCUUCCGUGUUUUUGCAGUUUGUUUAAUUUAUUGAAGUGUAUACAUUUAUAAAGAUUUGUUACAUUGCUGAAAAAUUUUAAUAAUCUCCUUUAAAUAAGCAAAUGAUCAUGAUAGAUUUGGCUUUGGCCUCCCUAACCUUUCACAAAGGCUAUAGAACUAAUAUUUCUGUAUUUGUAGUAAUUUAAGUAUCCAUAAGAGGGAGCAGUAACACUAAAAUCAUCUCCAUGUAUCUCCUUUCAACAGUCAUUUAGUUCAUGUGGUACAUUUAAUAAAAAUAAUUUAUU